UGAGUGGCCGGCCAGGCCUCGCUGUUCGCCGUCGAACGGGGUGGGGAGGGGCUGCACGCGACGCAAACAUUCACUGCAUGACCGCCCUCGCUCCGAGCCCAAUCCUGAGUGAAGCUGGCCAUCCACCACCAUCCCGCUGGCGCUGGAGAGCUGCAGACACUCUAGCCCUACGCAUCUGGGCAAUCCUUCAGGCCGUAGGGCAUCCACUGGCGUUGCCAACACAAACUUUUCAGCUGCCUCGGCCCUGCGCGCACUGGAUUCUGGUAAUCCUUCCCGUGCCAAGUGCUGCCGAUGUCGGUCACGUGCCGCGAAGCUUGCUUUAGAUUGCCA